AUGGCUAGCCGAACAAACAUCUCGCGCUUGUCGAAGCAAAACUUCCUGAAAUCUGCCCACAACUUGCACAGGCCUCUGUCGUCUUCACGCGCCUAUUCAUCGUUUGCCUUGGCUUCGCAGAGAACCUCGCUGCGCCCUCAAAGACCGUUGCGUUUCGCUGGGUACAGUCAUCCCCCCUUCCUCGGCAAUUGGCUAGACUACAAAGCUGAGACGUUGCAGAGUACAAUCUCCCGAAUUCAAACUGGGCUUGCUAGCCACACAGCAAACUCGUCAUUAUGUCUAGCCGACACAAUCGUCAAGGUGCCAGAGAUGGCCGAGUCGAUUACAGAGGGUACUUUGAAGCAGUUUACGAAACAGGUUGGCGAUUUCGUGGAACGCGACGAGGAAAUUGCGACGAUCGAAACCGACAAGAUCGAUGUCUCUGUGAACGCCCCCGAGUCCGGAACUAUCAAGGAGCUCCUCGUUAAUGAGGAGGACACUGUGGUUGUUGGACAAGAACUUGUGAAGCUAGAGCCCGGUGAGGGAGGUGCACCAGCUGAGAAGCCCAAGGAAGAAGCUGCUCCGGAGAAGGCCGAGGAGAAGAAGACCGAACCAGCUCCGCCCAAGCCUGAGACGAAGGAACCAGAAGCUGCUCCUUCGAAACCUGAGCCUGUCAAAGAAAAGCCUGCACCAAAACCCACCGAGACUAAGAAACCAGAGCCCGAACCAACCCCAGCUCCCAAGGCUGGAAGCCGUGAUGAGCGACGUGUUAAAAUGAACCGCAUGCGCCUGCGCAUUGCGGAACGUCUCAAGCAAUCUCAAAACACCGCUGCUUCUCUCACUACAUUCAACGAAGUUGAUAUGUCCUCGCUGAUGGAAUUCCGCAAGUUGUACAAGGACGACGUCUUGAAGAAGACCGGAGUGAAGCUCGGAUUCAUGAGCGCUUUCUCUCGUGCCUGUGUCCUGGCCAUGCGAGACUUGCCCGCCGUCAACGCUUCGAUUGAAGGUCCCAACGGAGGUGACACUAUUGUCUACCGCGACUACGUCGAUCUUAGUGUUGCUGUUGCUACAGAGAAGGGUCUUGUUACCCCCGUUGUGCGAAACACUGAAUCUUUGGAUCUUGUUGGUAUCGAAAAGGCAAUUGCCGAUCUUGGAAAGAAGGCCCGUGACAACAAGUUGACCAUUGAAGACAUGGCUGGCGGUACAUUCACAAUCAGCAACGGCGGUGUUUUCGGAUCUUUGAUGGGCACUCCUAUCAUCAACUUGCCACAAACAGCCGUCCUCGGUCUGCAUGCCAUCAAGGAGAAGCCAGUGGCUAUCAACGGCAAGAUCGAAAUUCGCCCGAUGAUGUACCUUGCCCUUACCUACGACCACCGUCUGCUCGAUGGCCGGGAAGCCGUCACAUUCCUUGUCAAGGUCAAGGAAUACAUCGAAGACCCUCGCCGCAUGCUGCUAUAA